UUCGGCUAAAUGGCUGAGCCAGUUUCUCAUUUCUCAGAAUUGGGUGAGCCUUUGCGUGAGCAAGAGCAAUUGCUCUCCCCUUAUUGAUAGGUCUGAUUGUGGAUCAAAGUCCCCUUGCUUGUAAAAGUAUUUUAAAGUUUCCCACAGCUCUUUUUUUUAUAAAAAUAUAUAUUCUUGAUAGGGUUCCAAACACUUGUUUUAUUAUUUUUUUCUCCAUUUUUUAAAUGACAAUUACCUUACAAUUUAAAACAGCAUAUUUAUUACAGAGAAAUAUAAUUGCACGAUGAAUGAAGAAAUAACAGCUACUGAAGAAACUAUAAACCAAAAGGAAGAAUCUGUGUUAGUCAAUGGAAGUGCAACUAAAGAUGAAAAUGCUAGUAAAGAUAUUGUUUUCACUGGAAAAGUUGUUCAAGUUACAAAUGUCUCUCCUGGUGCUACUGUAGAACAAAUGGCAACACUAUUUGGGUUUCUAGGCAGAGUAACAGAUAUCCGACUUUACCCAUUAGAUGAUACUCUACCGGUAGCCGUUAAAUUAUGUUAUAUUAAGUAUGAAAACUCUGAACAGUGUGGCGUGGCUUAACAUUUGACAAACACAGUUUUCAUU